AUGAUUUGUGUCACCAGUGAAUUUUACAUUGAUCCCAAUGGCGGCCAUUGGCGCGACUCCUUCCCCGUGCAUUGUCAACCGGGCACACUGGCUACGGUCAUUCCUUCGCUCUUGAAGCAUCCUGAACCAAUCGGCAUUUUGAACUCCCGUGACAACCAUGACUUCUUCUGGUACGCCUCUGAGGCGCUCAAAUCCGAAGAAGCGGAAUUGCCCUAUCAAAUCACCAAAGAUCAGUUGGCACACCUGCAGCUGUCGAGUGAAACAGCUUCACAGAAGCUGGUAAUUGGAUGUCGCUAUUAUGAUCCUAAGGACAAGGUCAUUUUCCUCGGGGACGGUAACCAGGCCCUCAGUAUCAACGCCACCGAUUCUGCUCUCGUGGUUAUCGACAUUCUCGAGAACUCUUGUUCGUCAAGCAACUACAUGGGCCAGAUGGUGGUCCAGAUACGAACACAAAUGACCACAAUGCUGCCAAUCCGAGACGUGCGGUUGCUCACGCCAACCUCGAACGAAGCUAAAGUGAGCGUGGAGCCUGGUCCAGUCGUAUUCAGCGGCGCUGUCGAGGAAGCACCCAUCGGCAUUGAUCAGCUGUACGCUACGGACGUCUCUCGCUACCACGCCUUCAGGCGGUAA